AUGGACGCACCCUUCAUUUUUUGCAGACAUGUUUGGUUUUUUGGUUGGAGUUCCCGUCUCACCGUCCGCAGCCAGUCUUUUUUCCCCUGUCUUUUGCCGCAGCGUGCCAGAGUGAUGGGGUGCUCGACAAGUUGUGCCAAGCACAGAAUGACCUUCGUCGAUGGUAACAUGCCGCGGCAAGCAGAGAGGAGGUUCUCGGCACCUCCACAGCAGGUCUUCCCACCCGAUCUUGCCACCCACAUGCAGUAUGUCCGGACGCUCGAUGGCUACCUCCAAAGAGUCUCGAUGCAUCCACAGAGUUUCUUGAUGAAGGUUGAGAUGCGCCGACAGGCAUGCUUCGGGAACCUAUUGGACUUGCAGAUCGAAAGAGCCGUGCCGCUUCACAAAAUGCGCAGCAGAAUGAACGAAGCAGAGGAUGGGGUCCGCAUUGCUUUGUGA